CGGCUCGGGGCGGCCGUAAAUCGGGGCGUGCGCGGCGUGCGGGGCCCGCAGCGAGCGGUGCCGUCCGGUUGCGCGAUGCAUUGUGGGCGCGGCUGAGGAAGUAAAAUGGCGGACCUGGCAAACGAAGAAAAACCUGCCAUUGCUCCACCUGUCUUUGUAUUUCAGAAGGAUAAAGCACAGAAGUCCCCUGGAGAGCAAAAAGCUUUGUCGGAUUCAGGAGAGGACCCCCAGGGAGAGGUUGAGCCCCUCUACCAUGGUCUGGGUCACACAGAACCAGCUGGUGAGUGCGACUUUGAGCACCCUACUCCUGCUGUGGCCUCAGUCAUUGCUACCCUGAGUCCUGCUUCUGAAGCCCAGCUUGCUCCUAUUCACCAAGAACUGGCAGGGAGAUCUGGAGAUGGAUCAAGUCCAGAAGAUGGAGAUGAAUCUGAUCGAGAGGAUGGAAGUUACUGUCCACCUGUAAAACGUGAGAGAACUUCAUCGUUGACUCAGUUCCCUCCAUCUCAGUCAGUAACAAAGAACAAUGUCUUUAUGCCGUCAAGUUUCUGUGAACCCUCUACAGGCAAUUCAGACUCAGAACCAGAGGAAAAGAGCAGUGGAUUCCGGCUUAAGCCACCAAUACUUAUCCAUGGUCAGGCACCUAGUGCAGGUCUCCCUAGCCAGAAACCGAAGGAACAGCAGCGAAGUGUGCUCCGUCCAGCAGUAUUACAGGCACCACAGCCAAAAGCUUUCUCACAGAUUGUUCUCAGCAGUGGCACCAAUGGUGUAAAUAUCCCCCCAGAUUCUGCAGCCAUAUCAGAAUCACCAAGUGAUGCAACACUGAAAAGUUCCAACUCUGAAGACAAGGUACCAGACUGUCAGAAAAAGGAGUCCAACAAUACUUCAGAUGAUGACAACUGUGAGAAGGCUGAACUAAAUGCACACCAAGCAUUUGUUUUUGGGCAAAAUUUAAGAGAUAGAGUUAAGCUAGGAGAUGAAAGCGAUGAAACAACUGAUGUGCAGAAUGCUGGUCUUCUGACAUCAGAUGUACCUUCUGCAACAAACUAUUUUCUACAGUAUAUCAGUUCCAGCAUAGAGAACUCUACGAACAGUGCAGAUGCGUCUAGCAACAAGUUUGUUUUUGGACAGAACAUGAGUGAGCGAGUUCUAAGUCCACCAAAGUCAAACGAAGGUAGUACAGAGAGUAAUAAGGAGAAUGCUUCUACAGAGUCUGGGUCUGAAUCAUCUUCUCAGGAGACCACACCAGAAAAAGCUAAUAAUAUUUCAGAAUCACUGGCAGAGUCUGCAGCAGCCUAUACUAAAGCAACAGCAAGGAAGUGUUUAUUAGCGAAGGUAGAAGUGAUUACUGGGGAGGAAGCUGAAAGUAACGUGUUACAGAUUCAGUGCAAGCUGUUUGUAUUUGAUAAAAGCUCUCAGUCUUGGGUGGAAAGAGGUCGAGGGCUCCUGAGACUCAAUGAUAUGGCCUCAACAGAUGAUGGAACAUUACAGUCUCGACUGGUGAUGAGGACUCAGGGGAGUCUCAGGUUAAUCUUAAAUACCAAGCUCUGGGCUCAGAUGCAGAUCGAUAAAGCCAGUGAGAAGAGUAUCCGGAUCACUGCCAUGGAUACAGAGGACCAAGGAGUUAAAGUUUUUCUUAUAUCAGCAAGCUCUAAAGAUACAGGGCAGUUGUAUGCUGCAUUGCACCAUCGGAUCUUGGCCUUGCGCAGUAGAGUGGAACAAGAGCAAGAAGUCAAGAAUGUAGCACCUGAGCCAGAGGUAACACAGUCAAAUGAGGAAGACAGUGAUGAUGAUGUCAUUGCACCUUCAGGAUCAGUUGGAAGUGGUCCUAAUGAUGAAGGUGAUGGGCAGAACGUUGGCAGCACAUAGCAGAUGUGAGCCAAUCUGCUUGCAAGGCUGCUAUGAACACCAUCUUGCAGGCGUCUCUGGAUACCCCAGGCCAGCAAUUAUUUCAGGCGGUGUUGAAAGCUCCAAGACUUAAGAACUGUGCAUCUCUGUUCUGUUUGUUUGGGUUUUUGGUCUGGAUCAGUAGAUUCCACACACACACAAAAAAAAAAGCAGACUUGGAAACUACCUGAAUGUGGUUUGGGACGUUGAAAGCUCAUCAUAUUGAUGAGCAAAAAAAAAACAAACAAAAAAAUCCAACCCCAAAACAACAAAAACACAAAAUGCAACCACCCCCAACCAUUUUCCCUCUUCCUUGUAAUUAAAAUGGCACAUUACAGCUUGUCACAGCUUUUCAUUGGGACCUUUUGGCUGUUUCUUCAGUAGUUCAUGUCUUGCAGGUCUCCAAGAUAGAACUUUUCAACACGGUUCCAACUCGAAUUCUGCUUUUAUAACCCCUACUCUCCUUUAUGCAGGGAAACCUGGUUCUCAUCAGCUCCUAUGCUCACUGGCUGCCCUUUUGGGUUCCUUUUUUUUUGUACUGCAGAUGGGGCAGAUUAUGUUUUUACCUUUUAAUCCCAACAUAGGUUGUGGAUGUGGACACCAUUGUUUGCUGUCUAGUGGGUUUGUAAACAGAAAGAAAGAAAACAUUGUUUCACCAGAAAAGCUUUUUUAAUGUGAUAAUAAGAAACUUUAAAGUCUGCAGGACAUUUUGCUGACUCCUUUUUUCUUCCCAUUUCAUUAUUAUUUUUUGGGGAUUUGUAUUGUGGUGAGACUUUUUUAUUUUAGCUUUUCAAUAAGAUGCUCUUGUGUGUUGAAAAAGUGAAAUUAUUGUUUUGUACUGUUCUUUUCUGUUACUAUUUAAGGGAGAGCUAAGCCACUAUAUAUAAUAGAUGUUGCAUACAAUUUUUCUUAGAAAAUGUUAUGUUUCUGUGGCUACAGUAAAAUGCAGGAGGCAUACAAAUUACACCUUCAGAAAAGGUAAUGACAAAACAGCUGUUAGCCCUUGGAAGAAUAAAAUAGGCUCUUGUAAUGAGCUCUGCCAGCCAUUAAAAUAAAUCUGUAUAAUAAAGCAGCUCUCAUGUAAUGGCUUGAUUCAACAAGCCAUUUAAGCACUUGCCUGACUUAACUGUAUGUGAAUAAUCUUACUGAAGUCAAUGCAACUCUUCAUGCUUAAAGUUGAGGACAUUUUUAAAUAUCUUGCUGAAUUAAUGGCCUUAAAUAGAAAAUUUAACUUCUUUAACCCUUCCUGUCCCCAUUCCAUUUACUGAAGUCUUGCAGCAUGAAGAAAAAGGUAAUACUGCCAGCCUUGAGUAGUUUGGGCUGAAGGUUAUUGUAUUCUAUUCCACCACAAAUAAAAGGAAGAAUGUGUUUUUCUGUGUGAAAUUCUGAAGUACUCCUACUGUAACCAUAACUCUUUUUUGUUUGUUUUGUGUGUUUUUUAAUCAUUUGAGCCUUUUGUGUGGAAGUUGUUUUAUUUUCUUAUUGAAACAUAUGCUAUGUUCUUGUCCAGCAAAGUUGGAAAUUGGUAGUCACCAGGUCACUUUCACUAUAAAUUCCCCAAAUUGUUCUAUUUUCUUUAUGAAUAGUUUGCUGAUAGAUAGUUUCUGACUUUCAUGCUUGCUCCUUUUUAGUUUAAGGAUCUAAAAUGCAUCACCUAAAAGAAAAUGAAAGGGGAAGAAGCAUUUGAUGUAGCAUGAACUGAAAGCAGAAACCCAGGUUAUAGCACAAAAUCAACUUCGAAACUGAGCAUUCAAAUAGCAGAAAGUCUUUAUUUCCUCUAUUUUAAUGAAACAAACUUUUCACUGGCAGUCAAGAACAAGUCUUCCCCUGUUUUUUGUUGUUAACCAUCACUGAAGACUGAUGCUCCUGGGACAGAGGGUGCUUUUACUUUCCCUGAUAGCCAGUUGAAGGAACAUCUGUGAAUACUUUUCUGGCAAUUGAAAAGGGCUAAUGAUAAGCUGUGCCACUGCAUCUUGUUCUCUCUGGAUUGUCCACUCAUGCCUUCUUGCAUUUUGGUUUUCUUUUUCCCUCCUUAGAGUUACGAGGCUUUUUACUGAUGAACAGACCUAUUGCUGCACCCCCUACUCUUGCCAUGCUUCAACUGGAACAUGGCAGAUUCCUUAGUACCCACCACACAAUCGUUUCUGCAUCACAAGGUCUGGGGACUUUGAAGUAAGUGAUCUGCAUUUUGGAUCUGGGAUCUUUUUACAUAGUUGAGAUACUCAGAUUCAAGCUACUCUUUUGAAACACCCUUGCACCAUAAAGCUGUUUCUUGUCAGCACCUUGUUCAUAAGGAAAAUUUAUAGUGUCUUGGCCAGCAGGGCCUACUAAGAAGAAAGGCAUUAUUAUUUCCUGGUCCCAGGCUCUAUGGUGUCCAUGCUGAAUCUCUCUUUGAAGUGUUUUACCUAAAAUGUAAUUGAUGGUGCAUGAAGAUUCAGAAAAAUGGAAUAAGAAUGCUUGCUUUGGGGUCUGGUGGUACACAAUCACCUACAGCUUUCUAAAAAAUCUGGCAACUGUUUACUGAUGCAGAUUUUUUUUUUAGCUAGAAGCUUUGCAUAAAUGUUUGUAGUGAAGGCAGAAAUGUUGCUGUGCAUCCCAACAAAAUUGUGUUGCUGUGCAUCCCAACAGAAUUGGCAAUGGGUUUAGUUCAGGCUCUGCCCAGCAAGAUAAGUUAGGCCAAAGCAAAACCCUGACUUAGCUCUCUGCUUUCAGCCUGAGUGAACCAGCGGCAGGCAAAACCAGAUAAAUGCCCAUGUGUCUCAAAAGAUCUAUGUAAGACUGUCAUAUCAAAAGGUACAUGGGAAUUACAUUAAAACCUGUGUCAGCAAGCAAGCAAACAAAACACCCUGAGCCCUGUGUUGUAUUUCCCGUACUGAGCAGCUGCUAUUGGAGGGCUGACCAGCUCUGCUGCCUUACAGCACUCUUCCCCUUAAUCAUGCUCCUGCUCCAUCCUUCUCCUUUGGCCUCUUGUUAGCUUUUGUGUGGUGUUGACAGUUCCUGUAUAGCCUGUGUGGCUGCUGAUCCACACAGGCACAGCCUUUCAGAUUUCCAAGUGGAAAGAGAAUACAGAAGAAUGUACUAAAGUUGAACAUUCUUGCUGAUAAUUCAACAGUGUACUCUGGCAACCAGGAGUACCAGCUAUGUCCUGGGGUGACAUUUGGCACAGCCAGGUGAAGGAGGGGAUUGUGUCUCUCUGCUCUGCACUGGGGCAGUCUCACCUUGAAUUCUGGGGGCAGAUUUGGGCACCACAGUAUAAAAAAGAUAUUAAGCUAAUAGUGAGUGUCCAAAGAAGGGCUGCAAGUAUGGGGAAGGGUCUAGAGGGGAAGCCACAUGAAGAACUGCUGAGGGUACUUGGUUUGUUCAGCCUGGAGAAGGAGAGACUGAGGGGAGAGCCCAAUGCAGUCUUCAGCCUCCUCAUGAGGGGCAGGUACCAGUCUCUACACUCUCAUGACCAAUGACAGAGCUUGAGGAAACAGCAUGAAACUGAUUCAGGGGAGGUUUAGCUUGGAUAUCAGGAAGAUUUUCACCCAGAGCGUGAUUUUAGAACUGGAGCAGGCUCCUCAGGGCAGUGGUCACUGCACCAAGUCUGAGUUGAAGAAGCAUUUGGACAAGGCUUAGUCAUAGAGUGGGAUUAUUAGGGUGCCCUGUGCAGGGCCAGGAUCUAGACUUGAUGAUCCUGAUGGGUCCCUUCCAACUGAGUGUGCUCUAUGAUUUUAUGAAAAUGUUGCUUGAAUGGUGAUGUCACUGAAACCUGAAGCCUCUUAUCCAUAGAAUGAAAAUAUGACACCCACAGGCAAUACAAAUAUUAAGGUAAGAGAAUGUUAUAAUUACAUCAUCUUUCUGUAGUCCAGUUUCCCAUUCAUGAUGCAUUGCUUUAGAGAAGACAGGAUAGGAAAUUAUCUAAAUAAAUGAGUCCUCAGCCAUCCUGCACUAGAACUAGGGUGGGAGGGGACCAGAUUCUUAGAAACCUGCAGGAAUUAAAACCCUCCAACUUUAUAACGGCUCCUUUCUGUUCCCUGAAGUAUCAGUUGAUGGUAUUGCUUGGGUAUUACUGCCAUUAGAUGACUGUUCCUAAUAUGUCCCAUUCUGCAGUUCAACUGGUCUCUUGCUCUCCCAGUGAGUGUAGAAAAUGGAUUAUUUACUUUCUAAAAACAUGCUGCAUAUUUCAAAAUUUACCGUGUUUCCCAUAAUCUUCUCUAGUUUUAGGAAUUCCAGUUAUGAUAAUUGCCAUAAUUUGUCAUACGUGAUUUCAUUAAACUGACUUUUCACUGUGUGCUUUUUCUCCCGGUGUUACUUGGUCUUUCUGUGCACUGACUGGCUCAAAUUGAACUCUAGUCCAUUGUGUGGGUAGCAGAUUUUCAGACAGGAUGUUAUAAAGAUGUUUUAAUUUUUUUUAAAGGGUUUCUUUAUUUCCCUCCUGUGAAAUCAGCACAGACCAGCACAGGUACAAGAGAGAACUGCUAAAUCAGACAAAGUCAGUCAAAAUUCUUUUGUGCCAGGUGAAAGUAGAGGUAUCUCAUUAAGAAAUACUUACCAAUAAUUUCUGUAAAUAAAAGUCUCAUUUGAAGAUCGUAUUCAGAGAUCCCUUUUGGCUACCUCCUUUCAAGGACUCCUUUCCAGAACUCUUCCUUUUGUAAAGACACAAAAGCUGAAUUUGUCACUGAGAACACUGGUAAUUCUGUUGCAUGGGUGGGAAGUGAAUGCCUUUUCCAAGGUUGUUUUAAGUAAACCACCCCGAUCAAAUUCUGGUAGCAUACCUUCAGCUUUUAAUGAAACUGGAAAAGCCAAGUGGUGAUGUUAUGUUUGAUUUCCUCCUGUUGCAGAGACCAGGAGCUGUCGUUGAGCCCUCACUGCAGGGUGUCUGCUGCUGGUAACAUGUACCUGAGCAUCCAUGUGCUGACUGUACACUGUGUUCUGAAAAACAGCUUGCUGUCUGUAGUUCAUUUAGCAGACAAGAUAAAUUCCUGUUCCAGAGAAUUCGGAGCACAACUUCUGCUGCAGACAGGCGAUUCAUUGGACAAGGCCCUACAAAAAGCUCCUGAGAAGGAAGGAUGGGGAAAUGCUUUGAAUGCAAUUUGCUGGUGGAUGGUUCUGCCAUUUCUGAAAAGGUUUUGGAGAUAGAAGGAACCCCAGUUAUCUGCAGCUUUUAGUAUGAUGGCAAUCCCCUCCCUCUGUUUAAGGGAACUAAUAUUCUGUAUCAGCAAGUUUUCUUAUCAGCAGUAAAAAUAUUUGGAACCAAGUUAGUGUUUUAAGAGUAAUUUUGCAUUAAUUAUGCUUUGCUUUCCCUGGAAUUUGCCUGUUUAAAGUAAGGUAACUGUUUCCUCCUAUUGUAAUAGCUCUCUGAACAGCAUUGACUGCCUGGGGAUGAUCUGCAGCCCAAGGAUGUGUAUACUCUGAUACACGUACCAGCUACCUGAAGUGUGGCAAGGUUAGCUGCAGUCUGUCAUGAGGCAGGUGGAAAGCUGAACACACCAGGGUGCUGAGUCUUGCAGGUACAGGCAUUGUACCUGCUACAAAGUAGAAGAGAUGUGAAUUCUCUGUCCCACCUCCCUUGUUGGUGGAAGAAGCAUUAUGAAUCUACUGCAUGGGGUGUGGCCUCAGAAGAGCUUUUAACAGCUGCUUGGAUCCCAGAAAAAAUGUUACUUAAUUGUAACAAUUGUAUUUUCCCUGUGCAAGAUUCAGUGGCUUCUGUAUGUUUAUAUUGGGGAUAGAGCAUUUGUAGCGUGUACCAUCCUGCAGCCAAGUGUUUUCUCCGUCCUACUGUCUGGAAGGGUCACACAGCCCUCCAUCCGAUGUGCUUAGGAAGAGCUUUGGAGAAGGGGCAAAGCUGUUCUAAAAGAUGCUUCCUUUAUUAAGGCACUAGUGAGUACCCGAUGGUGGCAUUGGUUCUGUGUGUAAGAACAGCAAGCUGUCUGGGAUGCAGAGAAGCAGUGCCCAAGCUGAGGGACAGUGGAAGGCCCUCUGUUGUGAAUGCACUCCACACUAGGUCCUCCUGGCGCUGAGACAGCUCUAGAAAGGAAGUGAUUUGCCUGACGUGUUGUGAGCACACCCCAGCACAUCUCCUGUGUGAUGCAGCCUAGCGCAACUGCCGAACCCUGGCCAUGCCCCUUCUGCCCUGCUGCCAGGGCUUGUGAAGCCCUGACUUUACUGCCAGCAGGAUACAGGGCUACAGAAAAUUCCUUUGGAUAACAGAGCAGUAGCAUCCAACUUCAGCUGUUUUGAGCUCCUGUUGCAGAGAAGAGGUACUGUGUGGGACUCAGCAUACUGAAAAAUGCAGAAGUCAAGUAUUUAAUAUGCUUCACAUACAGGGAAAAGAGGUAGGUGAGAGAGUUUGAGCUAACAACAAUACAGUUGAAGACUUGUUCACUCAGAUCUUCGAGUUAUUUCAAAAGUCUGCAAUAAAACUGGAAGAGUUUUGCUUGAAGGAUGUCCAUGAUAGGGAAGUGUGUGCUAAUGUCUUUACAAACCAAUUCAAUGGGUGAGGGUAUGGGUGUUAAUGUCUUUGAAAUGGGUCUUAAUGUCUCUGCUAACUUCAAGCAGCAGAUUUGUUACAGAGCCCAGGUAGCCUGACUCCUCAGACAAGUGGAGGACUCUGCACAAGCCUGAACUUCUGAACUUUGGGGUAAAAUGCCAGGUUCAAGAGGGGAUAUGGGUAGGUGAUUCGGGAAGGCUGUACCUUCCUAGUACCUCAGCCAAUGGGGUAAGGAAGAGAGCAAGGUGUGGCUGGGAGUUAAGGAUAAAAACAAGCUGUGCCUUCCAAAACCUCAAGACAGAAAAUCCCAUGGGCAUGUUCCCCAGUGGACUCUUCCUUUAUUCAAAGUUGAAAAACUCCUGUGUCUCCUUUGUAGACACAGGCUUUUCAUAGUGUGAUAUUCCAUACAAAAGGGGGACUCAUCCAGGAUCCUUCCAACAUCUGGGUCUGGCAUGCAGCAAGAGGAACUGGAGACAUGCCUCACCCAGUUUUAGAUGACCAGCUCCUUUUGGCCCUGGCUGUCACUGGGCAAUUGAUUUGGUACCCAAGACCCACAGACGAGUGAUGGAGUGGGGGGUUCUGUGAAUAGUCCACAGGAGGGUGACACGCAAAACAAAGAUUCCACAACCAGCAAGGCUGCAAAGUAAGUACGUCUUUCUCAACACUGGGACACAUGGGGGAAUCGCUUCACCACAAAUGCAUGUGCCAAACAGAGCAGACAUUCUAUUUAUAUACACUCAAGUUCAUACAUAUCUAUGAAGCCUGUACAUAUUCAUAGCCUAUGCUCACCUCCUCUCACCUUGUAUGUUAAUCAGUUCUCAGUCAGUCUGCACUUGCGCAUGGCCUCCUGGUGAUCCUGGGCAGGAGGCAUUAGAUGAAGAAGUCUCCCUUGCAGUGUCUGCUGGAUGACCUUUGUCUUUGUGCAGACUCUCUUGGCAUCCAGCCGUCCCUCAGGGCUUCUGGCCACAUUCAAUACUAGAGAUUCAGAUUUUACCGGUUUUUAGAGCACUAAUUCCUGCUGUAUUAAUUCUUAGAGACAGGGAAAUCCUGUUGUUGCAUAGCAAAGGACCAUCUGUUCUGAACACAUUUGAUUACACAGCACACUAUAGUUGCAUAAGCAUAGUUACAAGUUUCCCAUCCUUUCCAUGUUUGGACCAGUACAUGAGGUAACUUUCUUACUCCUUUUGUUAUCUGUUUCACCACCUUUCCAUUGUCAUCUAUUUGCAAACAGCAAUUUGAGUCAUUUAGUUUGCCACACACUCUCCCUUUUGCUAAUAGUCUAAUACCAUCCCAUGUUGACGUACUGCAUUUCUCAUCUGAGUAGACUGGUCAGCAAGAAGGUCAAGAGCUGUAGCUGUCUGGUUGAUUAUUAUUUCAAAAACAGCUUGCAACCUAAUUACCUGAUUUAAAUUAUAAAUGGGUUCUCUGGCAUCUGAUAUUAAUUCAUUUGGGUUCCAAGUAGCUGGUCCAUAGUGUUGUAUGAUUCGUUCAGGUGGCCAUUCAUCUUUGCCCCACUUCUGGGUGCUCCCUCCAGCCAGGGAUGCAUCAAUUGUCUGCUUUUCUCUAAUUAGAUUAUCAUACACUUUGGCUCCUAACCAAUUUCCCUGAACUUGUGGUAGCAGAAAGAACAAUGGUCUAAUAUACCCCACAUAACAUAUCUCUGACAAGUUUGGGGGUAGCCUGCAGUAAGCAUAUUCGCCACAAGUCCAGUAAUGCCCUUUUAAAGCCCAGGUCCCAUUGGCAAAAGGACCUUCCCAAUUUCCAUCAUCAAUUGGUGGGUCAAAAUACAGCUUGCUUCUGGUGGUUCCCCAACAUUAGUUGCCUUGUCAUAAGAAUCACAGUAUUUGUAUUUCCAAGCUCCCACAUGAGGUUUCCACCUGCAGUUACAUCCCAGAUCUGUUUUGUUAGAUCUGGACCAGAACUUGCUGAAAAGGGCUCGAGUUCCAUUCUGGUGUUGCCAUUUCCACUGAUAGUUAUGGACAACAUGUGUCUUGUAGAAUUAUCUCAGGGGCAGCUUAAAAAUAAAGGUCAAAAAAUAGGGGUCAAAAAUCUUACCCUUCCCCACUGCUUUACAGCUUUCAAAAUCCUAUUGGUAAUUAUGGAAAGAACACCUUACCCAGCUACUAUUAGUGAGUUUAACAUGCGUUUGAUUCCAUCUGCCUCGAUAUCUGGAACAGUCAUAAGGAGGGUAGUUGGGGGUCUGACAAUCUAAGAUCAAAGAUAAAGCUCAGUCACAAACACAUUUUCCCACAUCUAUGCUACUUGUUCUAUUUAGACAAUAUAUGCCUUUUUCAGAAGAAUAAAGCUGCCAUGGACUUCCUUCUUUCUCCCAAAAUGCUGUUCCAUUAUGGACUCUACUCAGGGUGCUAACCCACCAUUUAGACUUGACUGGGCUGGCCACCCAUGGCCAGUUUUCAGAUCCCCCUGGCCCUCUGCAGACCCAACACUUGCCAAGGUUAAAGGUUUUUGCUAUUUCUUCUCCUGAGGUUAAAAAUUACUUUCCCACUUUUGGCCCCAACCUAACUGACAAUAUAAAGGUAAGAUUAUUAAGAGAAACAUUCUAAUGGUGUAAAAACCUAAUUUUCACUUUCACGUUGUCUUUCACACCACCUGUGGUGAGUUAAGGCACAGGAACAACUUAGCAUAAAGUAAGCAAUGACAGCAUGGAUUGGCUCUCGGUGACUGGAGAUUUGUGAGUAGGGAUGCCUAAACAGACUAUUUCAGCAGGCAGUCUGUGGGUAGGCACUCAGGGCUUCCCCCAAUGUUGACGCACGGCUACUGCUCCAGUUCACUCCUGCGGAGUGUCAGUUGCGGCCUUCCAUCCUUCUCUUCCAGCUGAGAUGUCCAAAUCUCGGGCCUCAGAGACCUUGACCCAAGUGUAAUGGGUCCACCCGUGUUCAGCUGUCUUGACGGCUGUUUCUGUGGUCAGCAACACCUGGAAAAUCCACGCCACUUAGCUACAAGUGGUGUUUCUUUCCACUCCUUAGCUAGGACCCAGUCUCCUGGUUGGAUGUUGUGAACAGCAAAGUCCAAAGGCAGGGUCUGUGCCAGCUGAGCUUCCUGUUGAAGAGAUUUCACAAGAAACAGUAUCUGGGAGUUUAUUUUAUAAAUACAUAUUGUGAUAUUGGCUUUUCACAAGUAUUAAGAUGAAUGUCAUCUGUAUAAUGUUAGAAUAGCUUUCGCUAUGUCUUUUUCUUUAGCUAGAAUUUAGGCAUAGGUCAGAAUUUUGGACGUUAGGUUCAGGCCCUGCCUGAACAGGCAAGAUAACCUCCAAUGAACAGAUGAAUGAGUCCCAGUCUGCUCAACACCACUCUCACCACUUACCUCCUGUGGAAGAAAGAGCCAAAGCCCAAAUCAAAAGAUGAUAAAAGAUAAAUUAAAACCGCAAAGCCAAGAAAUAUGCAUGCUCUAAAUAGGCAGAUCCAAGGAGUGGUCAUGUAAAACAGUUCCUGGAAAAGUUUGAAUAUGCAUGAAAUCCAUGUAACAAAAUACUAUAAAGGGUGUUCCCAAGACACCAGGUGUGCUCUUGGCAGAGAGCCAAGCACUCAGCUGUUUUAACCCUUUGCUUUAUUAUAUUUGUCUCCUAUUGUAUUUUUGUUUAUAUUAAACCUUUAAAAAUUUA